AGGAGGGACUGCGCGCGCGCAGACUGUGGUAGUCGGGUGGGCGUCCUGAGGGUGCGCGUCUGCGUUUCGUUGGCCCAGAACGGGAACCGCGCGGUGGAGGGGCCCGGGCUGAGCAUUUUAGAUCUGCUUGGUAAACCUGGUGUCCCACCAUGCUAGCCGCAAGACUCGUGUGUCUGCAGACACUUCCUUCAAGAGUUUUCCAUCCGGGUUUCACCAAGGCCUGCCCUGUCUUGAGGAGUUCCAUCAGGAAGAGUCAAUGGCUUUUAACACCCAGCAGGGAAUAUGCCACCAAGACAAGAUUUGGGAUGCGGCGUGGGAAAACUGCCCAAGAACUCAAGGAAGCAGCAUUGGAACCAUCGAUGGAAAAAAUAUUUAAAAUUGAUCAGAUGGGAAGAUGGUUUAUUGCUGGAGGGGCUGCUGUUGGUCUUGGAGCCUUGUGCUACUAUGGCUUGGGAAUGUCUAAUGAGAUUGGAGCAAUCGAAAAGGCUGUAAUUUGGCCUCAGUAUGUGAAGGAUAGAAUACAUUCUACCUAUAUGUACUUAGCAGGAAGUAUUGGUUUAACAGCGUUGUCUGCCCUGGCAGUGAGCAGAACUCCUGUUCUCAUGAACUUCAUGAUGAGAGGCUCUUGGGUGACAAUUGGUGCAACCUUUGCAGCCAUGAUUGGAGCUGGAAUGUUGGUCCGAUCAAUACCAUAUGACCAGAGCCCAGGCCCAAAGCAUCUUGCUUGGUUACUACAUUCUGGUGUGAUGGGCACAGUGGUGGCUCCUCUGACAGUCUUAGGGGGGCCUCUUCUCAUCAGAGCUGCAUGGUACACGGCAGGCAUCGUGGGAGGCCUCUCCACAGUGGCCAUGUGUGCGCCCAGUGAGAAGUUUCUGAACAUGGGAGCUCCCCUGGGAGUGGGCCUGGGCCUCGUCUUUGUGUCCUCACUGGGAUCUAUGUUUCUUCCACCUACUUCUGUGGCUGGUGCCACUCUGUACUCGGUGGCCAUCUAUGGUGGGCUAGCGCUUUUCAGCAUGUUCCUUCUGUAUGACACACAGAAAGUGAUCAAGCGGGCAGAAGUAGUGCCAGUAUAUGGAGUUCAUAAAUAUGAUCCCAUCAAUUCGAUGAUGGGGAUCUACAUGGACACACUGAAUAUAUUUAUGCGAGUUGCCACCAUUCUGGCGACUGGAGGCAAUAGGAAGAAGUAAAGUGACUCAGCUCCUGCGUCUUCAGUGCGCCAGACCCGUGCUCGUCUCGGGCAGGUGUUCAUUCAACAGUUUGUUCAAGCAGCUUCCAUUGAAGUUUAGAAGAUAAGAACUUGUCCACAUGUCUGAAAUGUCCCAGUAAUGUGAUGCUUGAGGUCUGCUUUUUCUUCUGGAGAAUAAAUUCAGUAGCUCUCUGCCAAAUAAGCUCACACAAGUUCAAUUCUCAUUUUUGAGUAAUUCUGAAACAUUCUCAUGAAUGCAAAAACUGAGGUUUGUGUUGUGAGAAUUUAAGUAUUUUAUCUUUUAAUUUUCUUUUUUUUUUUUUUUGGUUAAGUGAAAAUUAGCAAACUUGUUUACCUGUAUAUACUUUGGAGUGCAGAAAUGUAAGUGAUGUUGAGAUUUGGAAGAGGGACCAGAGAGAAGUGAAGGGUCACCUGCCUUCUUUCCUUGAGUACCGAGCUCAGGACUUGCUGUUUGGAAACAAGUCAUCACUUUUUGCAUUUGUCUGCUGACCUUCCCAGAAGCAGUGAGAGUACAAUACAGACACAGGUGAUGCGCCUUCCUGCGUUCCUUCCGUUCUCUAGCAGUGAGAGGUGACCAGGUGUGACCCCUCAUAUGGGACAUUGUUAGGACACCCCAGAGUUUCCGUCAUGGACAAUUCCUGGCACGUGUGUAUGUGCAGGUUCUACUUUUAAAUAUUCUAGAACAAAAUAUUCCUUAAAAUACCUUCUCAGUAUAAAAUAGUCAAAGUAUACAAACAGUAGUUCAUAAUUGCUAAAUAUUUGCAUAUUUAUUGAAACAUUUAAAGAAUAUGCGCUUGCUCUUCUCACCUCUCCGACCUCUGGAGCUGUAUCAGAAAAGCCUGCCUGUGGCUCACUCGGUGAGAGCAGUUCCCCUGGGACCCGGCUGCUCGUUCCCUCUCGGAUGAAGCACUGAGAAGGGGGAGCAGCUGCUUUUCUUCGUGGACUGUGUCAGUCAGAACUGUGAUGGGCAGACACUUCAUUAGAGUGUCCUGUAGCAGAAUUUUCCCUUUCUCCUGCAGAGACCAUUACUUAGCUCUCUUGUGACAUUUGUAAGUUUUUUGUUAACAGAAAGAGUUAUUUUUGGAAGUUCUUAAUGAGUGAAAUAGUGUGUAUGAUUACUGAGAUGACUGCUGUUUUUGACAAGAGUUUAUUACAGUAAUCCAGAAAUAACUAUUCUGACCACUUCAGAUUACAUAGGAUGCUUAUUUUUUAAUUAUUAAAGGUUCCAGCAAGA